AUGACUGUGCUCUCAGACAUGGGCGGCACCCGCGGACUAGCCCUCGUUUACUGCGCAAAGACGGAUCUGAUUUUUAUAAUGGGCUUUGAUAACCCCUGUUCUUAUGACCCCAUUUUGAUGCGGAAAACUAGGUUUGGGAUAUCUGAUGAUGAAAGGGCAGUGGAUGAUGAGAACCAUGACUGUAAGAGGGCCGAGGAUGGAGUGGACGGUGAAUAUGAAGAUGAAGAGAGGGGUGAAGACCAGCAGAAUGAACACGAAACUGAACCUGAGGAAGAAGAAGAUGACCUUGGUGAAGAUGAGGAAGAAAGUGGGCAAGAAAGUGACGAAUAUGAUGACAUGUUGGGUGACUGCGAAGGCCGUGAUGCCCAAACAGUCCUCAGAGACAUAAACAGAUGGUAUCAGAAUCUUGCUGAGCUGCCAGGCGGAGAAAACUCUGACGGCAUGUGGGGUAUGAAGGGAACAAUCAAGGCUCUGUACAAGAAACAUGGAUGGCCCGGUGAAACAUUCGACGGCGAUGCCUUUCUCGUUGACCUCUUGCGAAGAUCUAUUUGCGGCGAUGGACCCGAGAGAGAUCGUGAACAAGGAAAUCGAACAACUUCACCGAGCUGUCAGAGAUCUCAAGGUCAUCGUGAGAACCCAUACUAA